AUGGACCAUGAACCAGGACAAGGAGGAGGCCUGAGGAGGAGGCCCAAGUGGAGGAGGAGCAGGAGGAGGCCCAAGUGGAGGAGGAGCAGGAGGAGGCCCGAGGAGGAGGCCCAAGUGGAGGAGGCCCCAGUAGAGGAGGCCCGAGGAGGAGGCCUGAGGAGGAGGCCCCAGUGGAGGAGGCCCAAGGAGGAGGAGGCCCGAGGAGGUGGCCUGAGGAGGAGGAGGAGGAGGAGGCCCGAGGAGGAGGCCCCAGUGGAGGAGGCACAGGAGGAGCGUCUUUCUGCCCCAAAGUGA